AACGUCCGUCAUACGCGGAACGAACUGAGAAACAGGGGAACAAUGUGAAAAAGAAACAAAUUGGAAGCAAAUUAAAAUUAAAAAUAUAUAUAACUGUAACAAACAUAUAAACGUAAAGAAAACUGAAUUAAAUUUUGGUGUAUAAGAAAUGUAAACCUUGGCAAGGCGAGGGGUAAAAGAUAAACUACAGCAGUGAAAGCAAAGUGUCAGAAAAAAACAACCAGAACAGAGAUAAGAAACAAAAUACAAGAGAGAGAGAGAGAAAGAGAGCGCGAGCGCCCAACGAGCGGGAGAGGGUGAGGGCGAGAUAGGUAAAGAGGCAGCGGCAGUGGAAGAGAGAAAAGAGUUUCGAGUUGUCGUCAGCAGCAUCUGGGCAUGGAUUAGUCCUAGUUGCUAGUUCUAUUUCGUCCAGUUGUCCAUCGCCAAUAAGGCAAGGCGUGAGACGGAAGCCGACACCAUCAUGUCCUCGGCAUCGGCGUCCGUUAACGUACAAAUCGUGUCCAUGGCCAAUCUGGCCAAGAUUGAGAGUUUCUUCAAGGAUGUUAGCUACCGCGAGACAAUCGAAUACAGCGCCAAUUUCAAUACGCGCCUGUGCAUUGAGCGGCGAUUGCGGCUCCCGUUCCUGGAUCCACAAACGGGCGUAGCCCAGAAUCAUUCACAAUUAUUUAUGGAUAAGCGGCAGCGGAUGCCCGGAUUUCGCCAGGGUCAAAUCUAUACGUAUCCGGCGGCUCGAUGGCGCAAAAGCCGGCGUCAAUACUUGACCAAGAUGUACAGCAGGUUUCCCGAACGCCCAUUCCAGGCUCUGCGCAAAGAGCAUGAGGCUUUAGUUGCCAGUGGCCAUGUCAAUAUAGGCGGCUCCAGUUCAGGUUCCACAUCCACAUCCCUCAGUUUAAAUAUGCUAUCAGGUGGUGGCGGUGGUGGUUGUGGGCCAGGGCCCACUCCUACAAUUCUAGAGAGCACUCAUCAUGACUUCAAUGGGGCCUUCAGUCUGGAGGAGUCGAGCUCUUUGGGCGCUGCCGGCGGCGACACCUCCGAUAGCAAGGAUAGCCAACAGCAGCAGCAACAACAACAACAACAACAGCAGCAACAGUCCCUGCCCUUAUCAAAGGAAGAGCAAUUGCCCAAGGAAUGGUUUUACGAUGACAUUGACAUGAACGAUGUAGACUCAUUGGAGGAUCCCAAAUCGCCGGCUGACGAUGAAUAUGACUACGAUCCGCGUUAUGGCAAUAAGAAGCGGCGCAAGCGUCGUCCAGGCAAACGUGCCUCAUCCCAUGCAGGCGGCGGUCUUGGCGAUGGCAGCGGUGGCGGGGGCAACAGCAAUUCAGCCAGCAGCAGUUCCCGACGACGUAGUGCCAUGGCCCGUGCCCGCAUCUCAACCACUGAUGCUGCCCUCGAUGCCAGCCUGGAUGCCAUCGAGGCAGGCGAAUUGUCCAGUUCUGGUCUCGGCGGUGGUGGUGGUGGUGGAAGCACCGGAUCAGGAGCAGGAGUUGGCUUAGGCAUCAGUGGAGGAGGAGGUGCAGGAGGAGGAGGCUCUGGCGUAACUGGUGGUCUGGGUACACCAACCUCAAGUGGCGGGGGCGGCAGCGGUUCGGGCAAUGGUGCCGCUGGCAGACGUUCACGGGGAGCUGGUACACGAGGACGCAGACGGGCCAAGGGUGGCAGCGGGGCUGGUGGUGGCAGCGGUGGCAGUGGAGGAGGCGGUGGCAGCUCAAACGCCGGCCAUAAUUCAUGUGAUCCGCCCAGUCCUGGUAUGGUGAUCGAGCCGCCAUCCUUUGAAAGUGCAGCAGCAGCUGUCGGCGUGGGCGUAGCCGGCGUCGUCGAGGAUGGCAAUGCCCAUUUAAGGAAUUAUCGAAAGUAUCUGUAACGCCAGGCGUUGGAUUGAAACAGAUGCAGUAGAUAACUAACCUUCCUCCUGCUCCCCAUCACCUCCCUCCCAUUAGAAAUCUUAGUCUUUCUUUAUGGCUGAAUUAUGUCAAUCCCCCGGAUACAUCUCCUCCUCCUGCUUCUUUUCUAAAUAAUUGGUUCUAUUCGUUUUCUAAUUUUUACAUGUUUUUUGUUUUUCUUUUUUAAUUUAAUAUAUAUAUUUUUUUUUUGCUUUGCCAAUCAAUUUCUCCCAAUUUAUAUAUUUAGUUUAAUGUUAGCCUUUAGCCCAUAGUUUAU